CCCUGACCCGGCCCCGCCCCCGGCGGCCGCGAGUAGCGGGCGGAGCAGGGAGAGGCGCGCUGGGCUGUGGGCGCCGCCUCCCUUCCGCGCAGGGGGAGGGACGAGGGGCCGCGCGGGAGACAGAGAAAGCCUGAGCGGGCGACUAGCGGAGAGCUGCAUGCAACCGGUGGGAGGCCGGCCCCGCUGGCUCAGCGACUCCGGCUGGGAGCGUGGACCAGCUCGCGGCGGCGGCGGUGGUGGUAGAGGCUCUGAGCUGGCAGGCGGAGGGCUUUCUCCCGCGCCCGCCUGCCCGGCGCGGUCCGAGAAUGCGGGGGGGCGAUGCCCGGGGCCAGGGACGCGCUCUGUCACCAGGCGCUGCAGCUGCUGGCCGAGCUCUGUGCCCGAGGGGCCCUGGAGCACGACAGCUGCCAAGAUUUCAUCUACCACCUGCGGGACCGUGCCAGACCCCGACUCCGCGACCCAGAUAUCUCAGUGAGCCUGCUAACCCUUGUGGUUACCGCCUGUGGUCUUGCCCUCUUUGGUGUCUCUCUCUUCGUGUCUUGGAAACUGUGCUGGGUUCCAUGGCGCGAGCGAGGCCUGUUCUCUGGUAGCAAAGACAACAACCAAGAGCCUCUUAACUACACAGACACAGAGACCAAUGAGCAGGAGAACAGCGAGGACUUCCUAGACCCACCCACACCCUGCCCUGACUCCUCCAUGAAGAUCAGCCACACUUCCCCUGACAUUCCACUUUCCACCCAGCCGGGUGACCAAGAGAACUGUGCCCAUACCAUCCGUGUGCAGCGACAAGUGACAGAGCCAACGCCAUCAGCUCGGCACAACUCAAUCCGAAGACAACUCAACCUGUCAAAUCCGGACUUUAAUAUCCACCAGCUUCAGAGGCAGGAGCAAUUGACUGGAAUUGGUAAAAUUAAACCAGAAUUAUAUAAGCAGAGGUCACUGGACAAUGACGAUGGGAGGAGGAGUAAUAGCAAAGCCUGUGGGAAACUGAACUUCAUUUUAAAAUAUGACUGCGACUUGGAACAGCUCAUCGUGAAGAUCCACAAAGCUGUCAAUUUGCCCGCCAAGGACUUCUCUGGGACGUCAGAUCCUUAUGUGAAGAUCUACUUGCUUCCCGACCGGAAAACAAAACACCAGACUAAAGUUCACAGGAAGACCCUGAACCCUGUAUUUGAUGAGGUGUUUUUAUUUCCUGUUCCCUACAAUGACCUUGAAGCUCGGAAGCUUCACUUUUCUGUGUAUGACUUUGACAGGUUCUCUCGCCAUGACUUGAUUGGUCAAGUGGUGGUGGACCACUUCUUCGACUUGGCUGAUUUCCCCAGGGAGUGCAUCCUCUGGAAGGAUAUCGAGUAUGUCACCAAUGACAAUGUGGAUCUGGGAGAGCUUAUGUUUUCACUCUGCUAUCUUCCAACGGCUGGCAGGCUGACCAUCACCAUUAUAAAAGCAAGGAAUUUAAAGGCUAUGGACAUAACGGGGGCAUCAGAUCCCUACGUGAAAGUCUCACUAAUGUGUGAUGGCCGGCGACUGAAAAAAAGGAAAACAUCCACCAAGAGGAACACGCUUAAUCCCGUUUACAAUGAAGCCAUAGUCUUUGAUGUCCCUCCUGAAAGCAUCGACCAGAUUCACCUGUCCAUAGCUGUCAUGGACUAUGACCGUGUAGGUCACAAUGAGGUCAUUGGCGUGUGUCAAGUAGGCAACGAGGCUGAGCGGCUGGGCAGAGACCACUGGAGUGAGAUGCUGUCAUAUCCUCGGAAGCCCAUUGCACACUGGCACUCUCUGAUGGAGAAUGAGCUACCAGAUCAUAUAGAAGAGAUGCUCAUUGAGCUUGCAGAAGACUAG